ACCCCCUGUCCCCGCACGGGGCAGCGCCGCCCCCGCCGUGGCCGCGGAUGGGCGCGCCGUGAGCCGGCAGCUCCGCGCCCUGGGGCGGGCGGGCGAGCUGGGCGCAUGUGGACCAGGCCGCCUCCGGAUGUCUCCUGCGUGAGCAGCAGCGUGGAGUCCUUCUACCGCGGGGCGCUGGCGGGGGGCGUCUUCGGGCUGGUCUUCGCGCAGCCGGAGGCCGGCGCUCUGGCCCGCCUGGGCGCGCCGCUGCGGCCAGCGCUCCUGGCGGGCAGCUGGUGCUUCCUGACCUCGUUCGCCUCGUGCGUGCUCACGCGCGGCGGCAUGGGGUUCCCGUGGAACGGCGCCUUCGCCGGCCUCUUCUCGGGGGCGAUCCUCGGCCUGCCUGGCUUCUCGGGCGGGGGGUGCCGCGAGACCAUGGCGUGGACCAUGGGCUCCAGCGCGGCGCUGAGCCUCAUCUCCCACUACGCCAUGGAGGGCGUGCAGAAAGAGCCGGCCAGCCUCGCGUCAGCGGAGCCGCUGCCGGCCGAGCGGCGCGCGCGGGGGAGCGGCUCCACCGAGUGA